UCUUUUUCUGUUUGUGAAAAGAGCUGAGCAGAGCUGAAGGCUGCAUGGUGGUUUCAGAAACUGCCUACUUAAUUUGAAAAUAACAAUGGUAGGAAAAGCUAGAUCUUCCAAUUUUACCUUAUCUGAAAAGCUUGAUCUGCUAAAGCUUGUGAAGCCCUAUGUUAAAAUUCUCGAAGAACACACUAACAAACAUUCAGUGAUAGUGGAAAAGAAUAGAUGUUGGGAUAUCAUAGCAGUUAACUAUAAUGCAAUUGGAGUAGACCGCCCUCCUCGAACAGCGCAGGGCCUGCGCACUCUUUACAAAAGGCUCAAAGAAUAUGCCAAACAGGAGCUAUUGCUGCAAAAAGAGACCCAAUCAGAUUUUAAAAGCAAUAUUUCUGAGCCAACCAAGAAAGUUAUGGAGUUGAUUCCCCAGAUUUCCAGUUUUUGCCUGGUAAGAGACAGGAACCACAUACAAAGUAGUGCAAAUGUGGAUGAGGAAACACAGGCUGGUGCCAGUUCCCUACAGGUAAUGUUGGAUCACCAUCCAGUUGCUAUUACAGAGGAGGUGAAGCAAGAAGAAGACAUUAAACCUCCUCCUCCGUUGGUUUUAAAUUCUCAACAGAGUGAUACAUUAGAGCAAAGAGAAGAACAUGAAUUAAUACAUGUUAUGGAAAGAUCUUUGUCACCGUCACUUUCCUCUGUUGAUAUGAGAAUGACAUCGUCUCCAUCUUCUAUCCCAAGGAGAGAUGAUUUUUUUCGGCAUGACAGUGGAGAACAUUUUAGGUCACAAUUAGGGUAUGAUCCUCAGAUUCUGCAAAUGCUGAAAGAGGAGCAUGAAAUAAUUUUAGAAAAUCAAAAAAAUUUUGGAUUAUAUGUUCAGGAGAAGAGGGAUGGAUUGAAAAGAAGGCAGCAGCUAGAGGAAGAGCUGCUAAGAGCAAAAAUUGAAGUGGAGAAGCUAAAAGCAAUUCGCUUACAGCAUGAUCUACCUGAAUAUAAUAGCCUCUAAGAUUUUUUUUCUUUCUCAGUCUUACAUUUUGAUAAUUUUAAUUUUGGCCAAGUUACUUUCAUUUGGGAAUAUCCUGAAGUGAGUACAUAUUCUUUAAAAAUUGUUUUUAGUCUAUUAUGAAAAGGGUUUUUUGACAUGAUUUUCUAAUUAUUUUCUUCUGAGAUUCUUUUCCUGCCAAAGUUGUGUCAGAGGAGACCUGGUGAAAUAGAAUAGUGAGAUAAGAUCCAGAGUCUCCUAAUGCAAAUGCUGAAACACUGAUUGGCAUGGUUAUAAAUCUUUUUUCUUCCUCCAGUUUUUUUUUUCUAAGUUUAAUUGUUGGCCUUAUAAAAGAUAUUUUAUUUUGAUCAUUAACAUGUAGCAUACAUAUAAAUACAUAAAUAUUCUUUCACCGUUCUGAAUCUUCAACUUUUUUUUUGAUGGAAGUACUGGGUAUUGAACCCAGGACCUCUGCGUGCUAAGUAUUCACUCUAUCACUGAGCCCCUUCAACAUUUUACGUUAGUGCUUUGAAAGCUGUAGUUCAGGGUUUUUAAGUCAGUCUAGUUUAGAAGCAAUACUAACCUGCAAGAAGCUUGUCUAUAUGACAUUGAUUUUUAUGCUUUCAUUCUUUGAAAGUGUAAGUCCUUGGGUUUUAGAAAAGGAAGUUAAUGGGAGAAUGCUUUUUCUCACCUCAAUUUCAAGGUAAUGAAACUGAGGUCCAGGGAGAACUCAAUGAUUAACUUGAUGUAAAAAACUCUAUGGCAGAGCAAGGACCAGCACUCAGUUUUUGCUUCUCUGUAAUUUUUCCCCUCUGCUAUUCUAUAGAAGUAAAAAUCCACUAAAAUAUCCUACACAAUAAAAAAAUGAAAACAUAUAUGUCCUUAAAAUUGCUUUUAAAGAUUGAUGGGUUAUGAAAUCAGGGGAAUUGUGUCAGUUACCCCCAUCCUCCUCUUUUUUUUGUCCAGCAAAAUAAGAUGCUCUGUUGGAGCUGUUAUAUAUUUUGACUAUAGGAUUUAAAAUAUCUUAAUUCAUUUUGAAUGUCUUAUUCUUAAAAAGAUUUCUCACAGUGAAAUCACAAUAAAAGCUCUGAUGAACAAUAUUAACAUUUUACUUAGAAUAAAAUAGCAACAAAUUAUAACUUAUAGUGUCAAUAGUGUUUUAAUUUUUUUGUAAAUAUUGCUAUUUCAAUAUUUGUGGAAAUAAAACUUUGAUUCUUAAAGCACACAUAUUACAUUUAUGUUAAAUCUCUAAUAGGUGUGUUACUUAAGGAUUUCUAUUUUUGCUGGGGCUUUGUUGAGGAAGGAUAUUUAAGCCAAAUUUUAGAAUGGGGUGUGUAGGAUUUCAGCAGUAUAGAAAAGGUGUUUAUGUCAGAGUGAGCAGCAUGAAAAAAGGCAUAGAGAAAGGGGAAAAGUGGGUCAAAGUGUAUGAGUACAUGCACGGUGCUCAAGCCCGGUGGUUUUUAAGUGGACGUUGAGAGGGCUGGUUGGGCUGGAUAACCUGGACUGGGACACACACCUUGACUAGUUGCAGUAGCUGCUGUUUAGCUUCAGCAAAAUUUUUACGUGCGGAAAUAAACCAGAAACCUGCAUUUGUAUGAGAAAUUUUCCAUUUUUGAAACAUUUGGAAAUAGUUUAAAAUGUUUAAAACAAGACAAACAUGUGAGUGGUCCUCAUUCAGCCAGUGGGCUAGUGGCCUUUGGAGUAGAGCAGUGGUUCACCAAGUAUAGAUUUUGACCAGCAGCGUCAGCAUUGCUUGAGAAUGUGUGAGAAAUGGAAAUCCAUCCCUUUUGGGUCCGGAGCUUGCCGGGGUGAAGUCCAGCAAAAACUCUCUGAGAUUCUGAUGCAAUCUAAAACCCACCCCCAGAGAAUACUGCAGUAGAGUAUUCUGGAGCCUAACAUGGUACCUAAAUCAUACUAGAUUCUCAAAAAUUUUUGUUGAAGAGUAGGUGAGGGUAAAUUGAGGGAUAUCAGUAUGGAAGUUGAAAGCUGAUUGGUACCAGAUUAUGGAUUACAUUAAAUGCUGUUUUUAAGGAAUCAAAUGUAUGAUGGAAAGCCAUGGAAGGCUUUUGACGAGGGGCAUAUGAUUUAAUGUUAUAAUAGCAGCAUUUCAGGGUGGGCAUUGUAGUGAGGGGAAAUUAAAUCUAAAAUUUAGGUUAUGGCUA